GCAUGUCAGUCGGACUGACCCCGUGAGCAUCUCAAAGCUCAGUCAGCUGCAACGGCAAUCGCGUACGACGCGACAGCAGGAGGGUCUGAGCAUAACGUACUCAACGAUCCGCGCAAGUCCGCUAUACACUGAUCGAAAAUGGCAGCAGCAAACGGAGGCACUCUCCCCUCUGAGACGGUGGAGUUCGCCCAUCGCAUGUUUGACGCAGCUAGGAGCGGCGAUACGGCGUUGUUGUCGCAAGCAAUCGAUGCAGGACUCCCUGUCAACCUCACCAACGAGAAAGGAAACACCCUCCUCAUGCUCGCGGCCUACAGCGGACAUGCGGAUCUCACGGGCACCUUGCUGUCGAAGGGCGCGGACCCGAACCGAGUGAACGACAACGGGCAGUCGCCCUUGGCUGGUGCCGUAUUCAAACGCGAAGAUGAGAGUGUACGGAUCCUCAUGGCCGGAGGUGCCAACCCGAGGCUGGGCACGCCCACCGCAAUCCAGACAGCGCGCAUCUUCAAAAGAGAAGAUAUCCUGGAGAUCCUGGGAGCGACGGAAGACGAUCUGAAGGACCCGCUACCCACCAUCCCAGGACCACCCCACUAGCCGUCGAUACGUGCGUACAUGCACUAAUGUAUGCCGGUAGGUGCGCAGUGUCACCGUUACCAGCAUCCGGAGAAGCAUUGCAAUUUAGGAAUCAUG